AUGGGUACAGAUAUCCUUGUGGCCCAGAUGAUUGGCACGCUCGGCUGCGGCUUCACAGCAGGUGGUGUAAUGACUCUCUCUAUUUUGACCAUCCCCAACCUCACCCUCCCAGCUCGUCAACCGGCCUCAGUCACCAUCCCUUCGCAACAAGGACCGGGCACCCCAAUUCCACACCUCGCACAUCAAUGGCUCGACACCUAUGAGAGGGGAAAGAGAACAUUUCCGGUCAUUGCCUUGGGUGCGUCAGUUGCGAAUGGAUAUCUUGCCUGGGCCUUAAGAGACGUGGCGGCACCGGAGUCAGGUAUCGUGAGUGGAAGUUGGAGCGGAUAUUACAUCACGGCCAUCACUACGACAAUGGGAUUCGUUGUUUGGACCUUGACGGCAAUGAGGAGAACUAACAACCGGCUGACGGCGAUUGCGACGCGGGAUGAUGCCGCGACUGCGGAGGGGACGAAGGGGAUGGUUGUGAGUGACCAGGAGAAGGUGAAACGAGCGAAGGAGGAUGCUGAGGUUCCCGAACUGUUGAAGAGGUGGGCCAAUUUGAACCUGUGUAGAGCUAUGUUUCCGUUGACCGGGGCUAUUAUUGGGCUAUAUGGGGUUGCGAAAAUGUAG